UCUAUCAGGAGAAAUGUGAGCAAGCGGAGCACAUUGUCCUUUCGACUAUGAGAGAACUCACAGCAGAAAACAGUGAAACUCCAGCUGCACUUCUUCGUCUAGUCUUCCAUGAUUGCUUCAUUCGGGGAUGCGACGCUUCCAUUCUUUUAAAAGAUCAUGCUAAUGCAGGUCGGAGUGAGACAGAGGCUGCUCCAAAUCUUACCCUAAAAGGCUUUGCAAUGAUUGAUGUAAUAAAGCAAAGACUUGAAAAUGAAUGUCCACGAACUGUUUCUUGUGCAGAUAUUCUUGUUCUUGCUGCUAGGGAUGGGAUUACCCUCAGUGGUGGGCCUUUUUAUCCUCUUCUUACUGGAAGAAGAGACAGUGCUGAGUCCUUCUAUGAGGACUCCUUUCAAGAUAUUCCAUCACCUGAAGAUAGGAUUGGAAAAAUACUUGGAACUUUCAAGAGAAAGGGAUUUAGUGAAAGAGAGACUGUUACACUGUUAGGUGCUCACAACAUUGGAAGCAUUAACUGCUUCGUCAUUCGGCACCGUGUUGAGAACUUCACAGGAACUGGAAAGCCAGAUGGUACACUAGAUGCUGAUUGGCUCAAUCAUUUGACCUCCCAAUGCAAUAACAAACAGCAUGACAGCUCCCAGUCUAAGAAAAAUAGAAAAACAGCAUUCAACCAACAACUUUCAUCAUCCAUCACAAUGGGGACCAUGUUUGACAUUCAUUAUUACCAGUCUCUGCUGAGACGUAGAGGACUUCUUUUUUCCGAUCAAGAGUUAAUGAGAGACCCAACAGCAGCUGAUGUUGUGAGGACCUACGCCUCUGGUGACGGGUCAGACUUCCAGAUUGAUUUUAUGCAGGCAAUGGCUAAAUUGUCAAACCUAGGUGUCCUCACUGGUUCACAAGGCCAGAUCCGGAUCAACUGCUCUAUGGUUGUCAAAUAGUUGACAGAAUAAGCAUCAUAGUGUUGAUAUGUUUAUCUUUGUUUCCUUUUGAGUUGCAAUUCAAUGUAUUUUUUGUACAUUCUUAUCUUGAUUAACUCCUCUUAAUAAGAAUGGCGCAUUUGUCAGUAAGCCUUUUAGUCAAUCACAAGAAUUUGUGUGUGCGUUCGUAUUGGUUUCUUAUUUAUUCUGUUCAUACUUA